AGACUAUUUACAGGUUAGAGAUUGCUGCAUUAGUUCCUCCGAUAAACGUACUUAGGCCAAAAACAGCUUGUGAAUAUUUGCGAAGGAUAUUGUUCUGUAGUGAAAGAGUGGCAGUCUUAGCAAUGUUAGUUUCUUUGAUAGGACUACUUCACCUCCCUCCCUGAUAGAUCAGGCGUCAUUGUAGCCUUUCUCCGACGACCAUCGACAGACGACGAGACGCCACAUCCUUUUCCAUAUUGCGGUUCAGCAGUGUAGUUUUCACGUGUGGUCAUCGACGGUAGUAUUUGCAGUUUGACGUGUUCAUCUGGUUCUGGACGACGACGACCACGCUCGAGGAUCAUGUGCUGAAGAAAACCGGAGGUAGCAAACGAUCUGAGCCCCUAGAAGAAAGCGCAAAUGGGGGAUAAAGCGAAAGAUUUCCUGGAGACCGAGGCUGUGGAAGCCGAGGGGGACGACCUCCCGCCGAACCCGAGGAGCAGCGAGGAAAGCGAGGAUGUUGCCCUCAGCGACUCCGAUCCUGAGGAGCAGCAGCGAAAAAAGGAAAUGGACGGUACUUAUCUGCAAAUCAGAAUCAAAAAUGUUGUUUGUGGGGAUUUUUAGUUAGGAAAUACUUAAACUUAUACUAGCUGCGUACGUGCUACCCCGAACUGCUUUCAUCCACCUGAUGAAGCCGAAAGCUCUAGCUGCUAUGCUGGUCCUCGUGUUUCAUAAUCGCAAAUAAAAUUAGUUGCCAUGCAUAUGCAAGACGUGCAGGAGCACCAAAACAUCAGAUUUUAUAAAAUCAUCAGACUUCAUCGUUGACGAUGAGGAGGACAGCAAUGACGACGGAAUGGGGCUGUUCGCGGAGGGUGGUCUCCUCGGGGAGGAUGUCGACAUGCGACCCGCGGAACAAGAGAGCGGGCCGCCAGUGCUGUCUCGGCUGAAGAAGGCCACGCCAGCCGUCGAGGAGAGUUUGCUUGACAGUGUCGCGGGACAGAACGCGGGCAGUUUCCUGAAUGUCGGGGCCGGUCGCGCCGCUGGCUCGAGGAGUAACUUCGUCCUGCCGGGGGCAGUAGGAGCAGCUCGUGCGGAUGAACGGGAAGGCAAACCUGGGUACUGGGCCGCGCAACUCACCGCCGAAGAGACCGGCGACGGCUUGAUCGAGCACACGGAGCGCGAAGCCAAGAAAAUCGUGCAGGAGCGUCUACAGAGGCAACGGCUGCAGGACACAGAGCUCCGGGGCGCAAAACAGGAACUCACGGAUGACCAGAAGCUGGACAUCGAACGAAUGUUCGGUGGUGGUGAUCUGGACGAGAUUUUGGACCCGAACAAAAUGUGGCUCGAUGCCGUACCGGAGCAGCGAAAAUUGGAUCACCUGCCGCCAGACGAGCGAGCCGCCCAGGUGGGGGAGAACGUAGAAAAGCCGACGCAGCUACCCCCCACGACGAUGGGCUCGAAGAGUGCAACGGGUGGAAUGAAGACGUCUGCGGGAGCAGGCGUCGCUCUGCAGCAGCCCACCGUCGCCAUGCGAAACCGGCUUAAAGUGCAGCGGGCGCAGCAGGGGCAGACGAUGAAAUUGCUGUACCGCUCCCAAGCGGACCAGAUUCUGCAGCUCUUCCCCGUGCCCGAACGCCUGUACUUUCGCUACCAGAGAAGGUAUGAGCAGGGCUGGGACAAGGUGCGGCGUCACAAGGUGAUGGACCGGGUACUCGACAAGAAUACGAAGCAAGAAGUGGACAAACCACGACUCGUGAAUGCGAACGAGGCCCGCGUGAAGGCCUACCAGGAUCUGUGGGUCGAGUUUACGGAAGCCGAACUCAGCUUAGAGGCGAACUGGAUCAUCAACCAGAAGCCGCCUGCUAGCGCGACCACCGCGGCCGCAGGUGGGUCCAAAAACUUUGCAGACUACCUUAAAGAUCGCGCGGGCACUUCGGUGAAGAAGUCUCGUCACAUCGUUUUAGACGUGCUCAAAAUGCUGCGCGGAAAGUGGGACGGACACUGUUACGAGCCCGCAACUAUCAAAAACGACUUCGGCUGGCGAUUGAUCGGCAGGGACUGCUUACAGGAACUAGCAGACCUGGAUUUCAUCUUCCAAAAGGACCUGGAGUGGGCCAACGAAAUUUGGUGGAAGAUAUUGGAAUACGAUGAGCUCGUUCGGAAAGUGACGCAGAUGACCAUCUUUGACGCCCAAUUUGUGGUGACCGCGCAAAGGGAGAUGCCCGAGUACUGCCACGACCUGAUUCAAUUCCGGAGAGUCAAUGUCAAAGACUGCGAGUUUAUGCAAGAGUACGACAGGCUUUGGGCGGGUGAAAAACUCUCAGAACAGAAGAUGAUCGAACGCGAGACGGCGCGACGGAAGGCAAACGCGGAUAUGGCACCCUCUCUUAAACGUUACACUGAUCUUCACAGAUAGGCGUAUUGUUUUGCAGCCAGAUUUUUGGUGAAGAUAAAAUAUAUCUCAAGUAGACGAGAAAGAGAUGAAAAAGGCGGGACUUUCACUUUGUGCUUCUUGCAUUCCGGAUCUCCAUCAUGCUAUGUAGUGCGCCGUCCCAAGUAGAUUCUUGACACGCUACUGGUUAGCUUUAUCAUGCCGAUGUUGAUGGAGGAGGAGGUUCUGCUUCUGCUUGACCGAGCAGGCAAAAAUCACGUGACGUCGAUCAGUGUAAAGACGUUUGAGAACUCCAUAGCGGAAGGGCGCGGAUUUGACGGCGGUAACCAGACGCCAGGUGUUAUCCUGGGUGACAAUUAUAUCCCGCCCGCAGAGUUGUCAUGAUGCAGAUUUGCAUCUACAGGAAAAUUUGUAGUGUCUAUGGCCCUGCUGACAGGCAUGCGCAGUCGUGUUUCGGAAUUUGUAAUGCUGGAAACUACAAGUACAAACAGGAUGACGAUAGGACAGGAUGAGCAGGCAUCUUCGUCGUGAUGUUGCUGUCCUUGCUAUAAUCCUGAAUUACGGUACAGAUAGAAGCGUGACUCCGAAUACUUAAAGUUCUGGACUUGUAUGUAACAUUGCAGAGUUGCCAGCUUGGCUGUGGGGUACGGAGAUUUUUACACAGGAUAGGUUCUGGAGCGCAGACCACAAGCAGUGGGAUGUCCGCGGUCUAUAUGGGGGACUACGACCAGGGGAACACGCCUGCGUUGUAUGGAGGGGACGACGGAGCAAUCAGUCUGCCAGGGGACAACAUUGCCGCCAUGACGCAGAUAGCGGGAAUCGGCGACGGCACACUGACCGCCUUCGACGGGGGUGGCACUGUCACGCCGGCUGGCGGGGAACGCCUCGGAAUGACACCCGGGCAGACCGUUCGCAUCGAUGGGGGGGGCGCCAUCACACCGGCCAACGUGGACGCAGGGAGAACGCCGGCGGGGGGCCGAACCGCGGGCGCGGCGAGCGGCGCGCUCGUGCCGGCAGGAGGAGGCAAGAAGGGCGGCAAGAAGGGCAAGGGCAAGGGGCUGCUAUUCCACUUUGGCUGGAAUGAAAACUCCAGCACUCCCUUCAUGGAUGGCGUCAACAACAAAUACAGCGCAAGCGCACCUUUGGGGUCGGCAGGGGGCGUGACUCCAGCGGGUGAAUUGCAAACAGAGGACGGUAAAUUCGAAGACGAGGGGGCGAAGAAGCAGGAAGCGGAAAAAGCGGUACUUAUUUAUUACUGGUGCACUUAGACUUAGAGUUAGAACAACAACAAGUCUCAAAUGUUGAUGUGUUGCGAACAUGAAACAACAAAGCCGUAAUCAUCAUGGCUGCACUCGCAGCCACCUCAAUGUUGACAUCACCGACCUUCAUCGGAAACAAGGACUACAUCAACUUACGUUUGCUUGUAGAAAAUUUGCCUUCCCUUUAUUUCAGCUCGACAGCGACCCCAGAUCCUUGACGAAGAUUAUCGAGGACGCAAGAAUUGAGAACCCGGAAGGUGGUGUCCGCAAAACGUCUGAUUUGAUGCAAGUCAGCCUCGACCUUGAAACGCGAAGUGGCGUGUGGAUUACGCCGAAUAAGCUCCCGCGUAACUUUGUUACGAACGCUGAGCAUCUCGCUUUGGAGGGUAACUUGAAGAUGAAGCUGACUCGUUACAUCAAUUUCAUGUAUACCUGGUACGAGCCGCACUUUCGGUCGAUUCCGGAUAUGGACGCUAUUCAGCGACACUGGGACCUCAUCCAUGCGCUUGGGUUUGACCAAACUGAUGCCAGCCUAGACACAUUUGAUCCCCGUGGGGCAGGAAACGAGUGGCGGGCGUUCGAAGGUCUCAGGUCCUGGUGCACCUCGCCGUUGCUGAUGGGGAGGACGCUGGAAUUCUGGCUGCAUUCGACGACUUGGUAUACGGAAGCGCUGGACGCUAUGCGGGAAAUCUACAAAGAUGUCUUGACUCGCUUUCGUCUUCGCGCGCUUCGAAAGAUUGCUGUUGCUUUUAUUAAAGGACGAUGAGUAUGUAGUAUGAGUGCCAUGCAAGGAAGUAUGAGCGCCAUGCAUUCUGAUGUUCUUGUUUCGAACAAAAGCGAAAAAGAAGUACGAGUACCUCUACUUCCAGAGUUGCAUUCCGUAAUAUGGAAUUUCUCAUACUCCAUUUCAGCGACUUUCAGAAGCCAACGAACAAGCGACUGAGAUUUUCUUUGUUUUUUGGUUCCAUACACGGCAAGAUCGAGGCGAAGUUUUCCAACGCAUUCUGUCUACCAGAUACCUACAAGACGCGAGCGUGGGAACUCGGCGCCCGUAUAUCUAUUUGCGCCCGUGUCUUGCUGCUUAUUCACAUAUAGCCAUCAAAUUAUAUUAUUGCAAACCCACACCGAGGGCAAAUGCUUACAACUAGUGACAGAUUCUUAUAGAAAUUGUCGGCAUUUAUCAGCAUCUCACUCACUUUCACAGCCGAGCAAUGGUAUGGGAUGGAUUGGCACCGAGCUAUGACGUCGGGGGAUCCAGCGGUUAAGAAGCCGCUGGUGGUCCGCCAGCGCAACACAACGAUCGACAAGUUUGAUUCCGUCUUGGGCUUGCACCAGUUUUUGCUGGACAAAGACUGCCGGACCGAUCCAAAAAACCGGUUCGCCGACCUGCCCUCACGUUUGCCCAUUGAACAAUUGUCGCAGGAGGUAGAGGACACUAUCGUGAAGUUAGCUAAAGCUGAGCCACGCCUACGUACCGUUUUCGCGCAGCUGAUGCGGAUGAUGACCUUUGUGUACACGAAGCCUUCCGACCUCGCGUAUGAAAACCCAAAAUACAUGCACGAAAAGUGGUAUUCAGCGAUGGUGCGCAUGGAGGAACUGCUGGACACGAAAGAUGAAGACAUGAGAGACCUCUUGAUGGAUAUCCACCAAGCCGAGCAUGCCAAGCUGUGUACCGUGCAUUACCUCUUCGCCGUCAAGCACGAGACGAACCCCAGCGAUAUGCGGAACGAGCUGAAAGCAGGUCUGCCGCGCUUUCUAGACUACCAUUGUUGGCACAAGUGGGUGCCUCGCCGGACCGUGAAAAAAACGUCUCUCCAACUGCUGAACCGCAUGACCAAGGACCCAACGAAGCCUAUCAAGUUGAAAAUGAUUUCCUCUCGUCAGGCGACCCCGCUGUGCCACUGUGGAGAUCAUAGUCGCUCUGGUGACUCGAGGUUUUUGUCCAGGAUUGUAUGAAAGAAGUAGGGCGAACUUUAAUUAAAUUUAAGCACGGAAGUAUCUGUAGUGUGUCGCCCAUAUUGGAAGCGCGCGCUUUUGAUAAAUAGUGCAGGCAGCUCCAGCUGCGGAGCUCUCGCCCUUUGUCGCAGUGUCUCGCCCUUUGAUCGUGAGACGCAGACGUACUAGACGUCUAUUUGAACAACCCUAUGUAAUGCUGCUGCAGCGUCGAUGUUGCACUUGCACCCGGAACCGUGUUUGCUGUGUGUAGUGAGGUCAUGUUCGAAGCGUGGGUUCCGCUUUUGAAAUUUUUAAUUCGACUGCAAAGGGGAAGAUUGCAUGCCAGUGCGCGGCGGCACGACGUGCCAGCACAAGUUAAGUAAUAGCAGGUACGUAUCAGUACGACAGUGACAACAGCUGUAUCAGUUCUGAGGAAAUGAUUUUCAACUCGAUUCCACCCGCUUUCGCAGAGCAGCUCGCUGAGCUUGAAUUGGUCGCGAAAUACAACGCACAGCAACUCCAAAGGUGUGCCCACGAGUACGGAACCGACAAGGCAUGCAGCUACCUCGAAAGCUUGUUGCAGCCAGCUGCGGAGGCACGGACCGAGCUUCAGGAGUUCCUCCACUGGUACGAACACAAGGAAGAAAAAUUUGCAGACAUGAACCGCUUCGAAUAUCCCAUCGACUUCAAUCCUCCCUUCAAGUCGGAAAAAUUUGAUUUUACCGGUGAAGACAGGAACGCACAGCUGAAUAAAGCGGUUCAUGCCUUCAGAAACGCAUAUUUGUCGGACAAGCACAUAGCGCAGGUUCGCACUAACAAGCUCCGAAAAAACUUGAGAAUCGACGAAAUGUAUGAGAUUAGCCGGUUUCUAGGAAAGGUGCUGAAAAGGAUUGUGCGCGAGCGGGACCUCAAGAAGAUCAAAGGCAAGGAACAAGACGGCGAGAAGAAAAACUCAGGCAAGCUGCACCAGAACGAAAUCAAAGGCGAACGACUGGAAAAAAAGCAGUACAGGGAAAGACUGCGGAUGAACGGGUUGUACGAAAAGUUAACACCAGAAGAUAUCCACCUGGAAUUGGAGGAAGAGACAAAACUGAAAUGGUUGAACGGUGAAGAUACUACCAUGUACCAAGUCGACAAGUGGGACAAGGCUAUCGCAGACAGUAACACGAGAAAACCAAGCGGCUCCCACCCCUGCAAAGAUGCAUGACGUUAUCGAUCGUGAAGACCGGCGCUUUACUUACAUAUCGGCAUUGCGUUUGUGAAGACCAAUUUGAGCGAUCGCGGCUGCAGAGGAUUGUGAUGAGUAAAACUGAAAAUUGUACAAAUGUAUGUGCUGUAACGGUAUUUAUAAGGACCUAUUCGUGUCCUCGAAAAAAAGAUCAGGCAUAGCUCGUCCGGCUAAUGUGCCAUGUCGCCGGCACCCGGUUGCUGCUGCUGGAAGUGAGGUCUGCAUCUUCAGAGGUCUAAGUACUGGGUUCACGAAAACCAACAUCAUUCCUCACGAAGGCGGUCACUGACUGCGUCUUGAAGUCCUCCUUCAAGGUUUUUCUUUGGACUUUGACGAGAGAGUGACAAGGUGAAGUCCACUCUUAUUCUUUGCGUCUCUUCCGGGGUGGGAUCGAGCAUUUUCCUUUGGAUAGAGCAAUUCGAUUUGCUGAACGAUGAGAAGAUGAACGAGGGGCAGAGUGUGGGGGCACAGCCGCUGUACCACUGGAACGAUCCUCGUAGCAAAGAGACGGCGAACGGUCGGACGGACAACAGUUUGUUCCGAUUGUACUUAUGAAUUGCAAAAGUAUCCUCGUAGUCGUACUGGUGGAAAUUGCAUUUACUUAGAGGCCGUACGAUUAAUGGGCCCCCUUUUCGAUACCGAAAAGGGGGGGGUAGGUGCGGUCGAUCGUCUGGCGGGUCGUAUCCAGACAUGGCCUGGUCGCUCCGGACCCGACCUAUUUUCCUUUUCGGACUUCAAAGAUCAAAGUCCGCAACUUCCCCGCCCCGGCAAAAAAAAUUUCGUUUUGUUUACUGCGGAUUCUCAGCGCGUCUCCCUUCUGUUGCAGUUUCUGCAGCAACGAAAAGAAUUUUUGUCUGUGGCUCGCGCGGCGCGCGCGCGAUUCGGCAUACGGAUGCAACAACAGAAAUCGCUUCAAGCGCGUGACGCGCGCGCGCAAACUGAAAAAAAAGCUCGCGGCGCGCGCUGGUGCGCGCGCGCAGCGGAGAACAUGCAGCGGAGAGCGUGCCGCCCCAGUGGUCGAAGUGGCCGCCUCAGCUUUUCCAAAUGCAAAUGCAGGAAGUGCUGAGAUGGUCGCUUCAACAUGCCGAGGGUGGUUGUGCAAUGCUGCGUUACAAGUCGCUGCCUCCUGGUGGUCUAUUGCGUGGCAGCCCUGUUUUCGUGCAAUGCGGCCAAUAACUUCGCAGGAGAAGAAGCUUCGGGAUGAUCAUGCAUUGCGAACCGCCUCCGUUUCUGAGCAGUAGAGCUGCGCCGCAGUGGGUCUAGCUCUACAAACUGCUCCCAAGCUACUGCGAAGCGUCUCUUUUUUUGCACAGUGGCUCCACGGUCUACGCCUACAACUAACUGGGAUUGCUAUCAAGUUGGAGACGAUUCACUCUGGGGCAGCUGUCCUGCUGCUGGACUCUGUGAAAGAAAGCCGCCCCCUUUGUUUUGGGAGAUCGGGAGCCGGCUUUAUUUUGAGAAGCAGAAAGCGCGCCGCUUACGCUUUGCUUCCCUUGCGGUUUUUUUUUUUGAAAAGAAAAAGAAAAAACGAGAACUCGCUCCAUAGCAUCGGCGCUGUGUAUUUUGCGCACUCUAGCGUGCCGCGCAAUCCAGCGGAGCUGGGCGCCGCAUGUGGCUGCCGCUGCGCUUUUGAAAAAGCAAAGCGGUGAAAGGCGUGAAACGCGCCGUGCCGCCGGGAUUCAGAUUUGCGAUAGGUUUCGCGAUAAACAGCCCCCGGAAUUCGAAAAGGGGGGCGUGGGGGGGUAAGCUCGGUCAGAUUCCCGCUUCUACCCCCCUUUUCGGUAUCGAAAAGGGGGUCGAUUAAUCGUACAGCCUCUUAUGCAUAUGAUUUUUUUCAAAAAGCAGAACAGCGGACAUUGAAUCUGUCCUCUCACAGAUUCAGAUCAGGACGCUGUUCGAGAACCAUCAUGCCCACCACCUGCACUCAGUAUGGUACGGCUGGGAUAGUUUUGCAUCGGAUAGUGCUACGAGGCCAGUAACUGCGAGAAUCCGAAAACCGGCGUGAAACAGAAUAAAUACAUGGAAGCGCAGAAAGAGGGACUGCAGGCGAAACUGAGAAAAAAGGAACAAGCCAAGAUGAAAGCCUUGACUAAUGGAGAAACGGGGGGAAAAAUCGACGACAGGAUCGAUGCGCUUGAGUUGCAGGAAAUUCGCGACCGAAAUUUGGUCAUCGACAAGGAGCAAUUCGACAAGGAGUAUCAGCCCUGGUGGGUGACCAAGGCAUUGGUGCGGACGGGAAAGACGAACUUGGAGGGUGUCGACAAGUCUAAGCUGAAAAUCUCCGCUUCCACGUCCGACGAACUGCAGCUGCACAAUGGGCACAUCAUUGCCAAGGAAGACCCGCUUUUUUCUCUGAUGCAAAGGUGCUUCUUCCCCGACGUUUUCAGUGGGCGCAAGGAGUACUACAAAGACGAGUGGAUGCAAGAGCGGCGCGAGCUGUGCCUGCGGCUGACCGACGAGCUGGUGGAUGCGACGUGGGACGAGUUCAAGGAUGAACUUCGUGAUGUGGCACGGCAAGCAAUCGAACAGAAGGCGCUUGCGGAGUUUGAGGGCAUGUUGGAUCAGAAGCCCCCCCUGCCCUUUUUGGAGUACUCACUUGACGAUGACUACGUUCGGAAGGAGCUGGAAAACACGCAGCAAAAGAACAACGCGAACGUCUCGGCGGAGAACACUGCGAAGCUGCGCGAGAAGAUGGAGGAGUUUGGCGCAACCGUCAUCGAGGACGUGAGCAACGGCCGCGCGCUCAUUCGAGAUCCCCAGCGUCCGCACUACAACCCGAUGGCGGCAGGCGUGCGAACCCUUUCCAUCUACGCCGACGAGAGCGCCACGCAUGAUUCUGCCGCGGGGGGCGCAAAAGGAAAGGGCAAAACGGGCGGAAAAAAUGCGGUGGUUCGCCAAAGUUUCCGUGCCAUUGUGUUGGGAGAGUACGGAGAGAUCCUCACGUCGACCGUCUUUACCAUCAAUUCCACGGAAACCAAAGACGCUUUCAUCGGGAAAAGCGCCCGGGAUUUCCCGCAAGGCUGCGACAUUUUUGCCCGGUUGAUCAUUGAAAUGCUUCCCGCACAAGUGGUUAUCGGUGGUCCACCGGUAUUGCGCGGCAAGCUUCAGCUAGGACAGUGGAAGAGGGUUUUCGAGGAUAUUAUUAGGGCGAUCCACACCACGACCGACGGUUACGGUGAUGUGCAAGCCGACGCUUUCGGAAACGAAAUUAAGAAGCCAACAGGUAUAAUCGAAACCUGGAUGCUCCAGUAUAUUUGAAGUGAUGUAAGCAAUGACCACAUGGUAGGUUUAGGUAUGCAAAGGAGCAAAAAUAAAGGUUGCCUCAUCCACAAAUAUUUGAUAGAUGAUGUGUUGUUGUCGUACCCCCGCUGCGGUGUGCGUAUUAUUGCAAACAAAUGUCAGUGUCCCUACUGCCCUACACUUCAGGUGAGCAAGAGGAGCAGACGGUUUCGUUGACUCGGCCAAUCUAUCUUUACGAUCGUGACGAGCGUGGUGUGAUACAAAAAACUGCCGAUAUCAAGAUCGACGGCACAGGUCCUGGUAUCGUGAUCCUGUGGAACGAGAAGUACAAGGAUUGGUGGCCGAAGAAUCACGGCCCGGAAAGUACGCCGGACAAAUUUAUCCAAGCACUGGCGGGGAACGUGCAGGAAUAUAGUGACGGGAAAAAAAGAGGACGGUUCAUUUAUUUCGACCGAUCUCAAUUCACCCAGGACGGAAGCGAAGUCUCGCUGUCAAGUGAAAUAUUCAAGUACGCCGACAAGGACAUCCGCAAGGAUCCUAUGAUUGGGCAGCGACCCGUGGACGACAUGUGGGUCCCAAUUCCGGACAACGCGAAAGAGGGCGACGAGGUGGGCUGGGUCAACCCGAAAUCGCAGAAGGAGCGCGCGGAGCAGGCGAAGCUGGAAAGGAAGAACAGAAACAAGUUUCAAGAGGACAAGCUUUUUUUCGAGGACAAAUUCGGCAUGUACCGGGACUGGAUGCCGCAGGUAGUGAUCGCAGACAUGCGCGUGCCGCGGCUGAUGGGAACGCAUCCCAUGGUCGAGCACACCGCCCAGCAUUUGAAGGAUGACGGGCACUCGCUGGCGGCCGACAAACCGGUAGGUAUGAAGAUCUGUCUGUCCAUGGCCCGGCAGGCCCAGGAGCCACUCGCGGAGGCGCUGGCCCUGUGGCACGAGCAGCCGGCACGCAACGUACUGCUGAAGGUGAAGGUGCUGAAGACCGGGCAGGAGUGCUUCGAACUCACGCGGCUGCACAACCAGCUGGAGAGCAAAAUUAUUGACAUCGUGUGCAAGAUGGGCCUCUGUAUCAACCGGCUCAAGCGGUGUCCCAAUCUGCGAGCGCUGGCGAACUUCUUGCCGGGGCUCGGCCCGCGGAAGGCCCGGCUUCUGUUCGAGUACAUUCCUCCACAGGGGAUCACGGAAGGCAUGCCGCAGUUUCAGCGCAUCCUCGGGGAAUUGUUCGGAGUGCGUGUUGGCGAGGGUGAAGAGGGCCACGACGACGACAGCGAGUGGGGGGACGUGCGGCGCGAUUUCAUGCGACGUUUGUACCCCAGGAUCGAUGGCGCCUACGGACAGAAGCUGUCAAAAAUCCACGAUAAGUUGGAUGAACUCAAGCACGAGCUGCAGGAGCAACAGCAAGCCGGGGUGAAUACCGAAUACGAGGACGAGAAAAUGAAAGCGGGUGUACAGAAAAUUCUGCAGGACAACCGAGAUCACGGGGACGGCCAGUUGGAUAGAGAGGAAGCCAGGAGCCAAUACAAAAACAAAAUGAAUGAGGAAGAAGAACAGGCCCGGACCGCGCACGCGCAGGUCUUUGAGGAAUUGAACGGGAAAACGCUGGGGGGCAUGACGCAGGCGGAGUUUAUGCAGGAGGCAGGUCACCUUACCGCUGGGCCCCUGACUGCCGGCAUGGGGCAGAUGAGCGCAGCCUACGCAACGCCCGCUCCUGGCCAGCAGACCGCCUCCGGCGCGCAGACAGCGGGUUUGUCGAACCUGGAGGUCCUACCGCUUACCGAGCCUCAGUACUGGAGAUACGCCGACAUGGCCGCGGAAUAUUUUAAGGGCGUCGAAUACACGAACCUCCCCGAAGAACUUGCGAGGCAAGGGUAUCCUUCGCAAACAAUGGCGGAGUACAGGUUCAAUCUGCAGAAGCGGGGGGAGCAGACCGAUGUGAUGCAGAACUUGAAACGAUUCAUCCAAUUUUCGAACGAGAAGGACGGGCUUCGUCGCAUCCAGGCCGUUUUCCGAGAUUGCGAACCGCUGCAGGACAUAGCGAGGGAAAUUCUGUUUCAGUUCAACUGGGCAAGUUACCUGUACUACGAGACGGGUAUACCUGCCAUCAAUUACCUAGGAACAGAAUUUAUCAAGAACUUGUCCACACCAGGAAACGAAGAAAAAACCGCUUCAAAAGACGUCGCCACCUCCGGAGAGUACAACAAGAACGAGAGCGAGCAGGCCGGGGAGGAGCAAGACAAAAAAGAAAAGGACUGGAGCCUGUCCACGCGGACGGCUGGCAGCGAACCACCGACGAUCCCGCCCGGGCUUCAGCUGCCCCCGGACGAAGACGACGAGUACUCGAAGCGGUGCACGAGCAUUUUUCAGUGGUUCUUCAACUACAGUGCCUACUUCAGAAUCUACGCUUACCACCAGUUGGACCAGAUUGUGGGAAAAUUCAAGGGCGACCGCAACCGCAUGGAUCCGCCCUACGUCAUGUACGACUGGUACUACCGAUCUGUCAACGACAAGGAGAAAUUCGUGAAGCACACUCUUCCAGACGACAAAGAUUGGAAUGGUACCUUCAAAGACUCGCGACAGCAGCAGAUUGCGGGGUGGAUCGAUAACAUGUUGCUCCCUGCGCUCAGAUUCGGGUACCUUCCUGAUAACCGGAAGCAAUUCAAAGGUACUACUGUUGCUACGUUUGAUAGCGAGAGAUUAUCACUACUUGUAGUUGUUCGUGUAUUAAAAUGAAAUAUUUAUUUUUAACCGCAGACAGAGACGAGCUCGAGCAGUGGCAUGAGCAUGACUAUCUAGUAUGCUGCUGAGCAUCAUCAAGCAUUUUCUGAUUGUACUAUACUUUGUUGAUACAGGUAUGACGAACGGGCAGUAUUUUGACCUGGUAGCAAAUGGGGGCAACGACCUGUGUAAGGGGCAGAUCGUGCAGGGGGAAAUUGCGCCGUACGACGAUGCGGCUGCGAAUUUCCAGGCGAAAUACCCGAAGUCGCUGGAGCCUUUUCUGAGGGGCAAGGAGCAGGGUGAGGUUUGCCCAUACAUGAAUAGCGGCAGCAGCACGGAGGAGGCGGACAGCAGCAUGAAGGACGCCCAGGACGACGGCACGGAAAAGAAAACUACAGAGUCGACAAAACAGCCCCGGUGGCGAUGGCAAGUCUACCUACAUACGACCGUUCUGCAGGAGCGCAUUGCUGCCAUGCUUGAACAGAAGAACGGCUACACCACCUACCGGUACAAAGCCGGCGAGCCGUGCUUGUUUUUGGUGAAAAACAUUGCCCAGAGUGACAGACGGAACAUGCCGUACUCCGCCCGUAAUCCGCAAGACAUAUUUCCGACCAUCCACGUCAUUGACUACUACGACGCAGCGUGGGGCCUCGAGCCCCGCCCGUUCCACAUCCCGCUCGUGGAUUACGGCCGUACCAGUCAGCCCAUGAACGAUGACAAGGGUCACCCGGUGGCUUUUCCCAUCAAGCUCGGCAGCAUGGCGCCCCGGCUCCCACGGGAGGUCAAGGUUGAACGCACGCAAGCGGAGACGGACGAAAUGAUGGAUCAGGAAGAAAAACGGUUGACGGCAAAGGGCCUUCUAGGCAGGCAGGAAAUCAUAGAUAGAGUAGAACGUAUCGCGCGCGAGCCAAAGAAAGCGACGGUCCUCGGCCACCACCAGUCGGAGCAACUUUCGCUGGAGUUUGCGAAGCUGAGGAUCCAGGAGGCUACCGUCGACUCCAUUUGGCGAGUCCCGGGCAACAACGCGUGUGGGGCGCUGGUCCCCGCCUUGCUCCCCCGGCGCGACGACGCCGAGAUCCAGCAGCAAGCCGCCAUGCGCAAGCGAGCGCUGGCCGCACACCAGAGGCAGCGCAACGUGGUGCACGACCAGUACAUUUCCUCCUCCAACGAGGACUUGUACGACUGGCUGGCCGCCAGCCCCCAGGGCACCGUGCUCUUCCGCCACGCGGAGACGAACCCCUACCUCCUCGCCUACUUCAAGUUUUCGGGCGUCGACACGGAGCCGCAGCUCCCCACGGAGUGGUUGGCGGAGCUGGGCCUGAACGCGGAGGACCUCCCCACGGUGCGGCGUCGGCGCCACCCCCCGAAGGACAUGAACCCCGCGGACGCGAGCCUGCUUCAGAACCAACACCUGCUGCGCUGCGAGAACGACCAGCAGCACUGGCUGCGCCCGCUCUACCUGCGCGAGGAGUGGGACAAGGACGUGCGCCGGGUGGACCGGUCCGGCCUGGGCCAGCGCUUGGUUCUCCGUGUUGGCUGCCAGGACGUGGUGUUUAACGAUCUGGAUCACUUCUCCAACGCGUACAUUACCCCCAUGUGCGAGAAGCUCCGGGACGCCAAAGGCCACCGCAAGUGGGACCCGCGAAUGCAGAAGUCUCUGCACGAGCGGGAAAAUCCAUCCGACGGGCAAAGGAUGUUCACCAGGACCAACUACGGCCACCUGGAGGCGACCAAGUCGGAAUUCUCGAAGCUCGCAAAGACCGAGCAGAAAAUGUUACUCAAGUUCCAGUGGGACCACCGCAAUCCGGGGCACAUCGUCAUGGCCUGGGCUUUUCACCAUCCGGUACCACAAAUUAAUAAUUGAUGCGGACUUUUACUGUUUAUAGAUACUCGCUUGCUAAAAAUGAUUUAAUCAAGUGAUUUUCUCAAACGGAGAAUUGCUCAUCGCUGUGUCUAAUCAGUGCAAUGGCCUUCUGCUGUUUUUUAAACCUUAACCUUGAAGAAUCGAAAACGAAACGAUGUCAACAGCCAGCAGUUAGAUCGGCGUGAAUAGUAGACUGUAGAUUGAGCAAGACAAUGAGCACAUCAAGUUGUUGAGUCUCUUCUCUUCUACUGGCACUCGCUCUUCUUGAAAAUUAAAGUAGUAAUCAAUGCCAAUGAAUGAAGAUAUGAAUAGGUUACUGCAAACAUUAACAUACAAAAAAGUGAAUAUGAAAAUCUAUCACAUGAUCAGAAAACGAACGUGGAACAUAUUUCGGUCGACCACGACGGGUUCCGCAUUUGGGGAAAUAUGCUGUCGGAAAAUGAAGAGGACACGACGAUAACGAAACCCUUCGAAAAGCUGGACGCCCUUUACCAGUGGUUUCUGAAGGGGAGAAGUAAAAUCGCACGGCACCAUCAGCCUGGAUACCAGAUUGCGGCUAUGGCCCGCAAGCGCUGGGAGAAAUUUGCAAAAAUCGAGGAAGAAACCGCGGUAUUUUCUAUGAUUGCUGUUGAAGGGAGUACUAAAGAUACAACACAGUGCAUGUACUAGAGCAGAUAGAAGUGAGUGCUUGGUACAAGCAGUUGCGAUUGCGAACGGCGUCGGGUCCGCGCCAGUUUGCUUUGAUUAUGCCGAAGCUUCUUGUGCGAGAGCGAGUUUUAUGUCAUGUUCAUCGUCUACAGCCUGGCCCUAGGUAUUGCUGAUCCAUUGCGCACUAAAAAAAUAAAGACAAACUUUUCAACAGAAUGCCUUGGCGGAGGCUGACAAGGAGGGCUUGAAAGCGGGUGAGGAUGUCUGGAAGCAUAAGGAUCUGUACGAGAAGGACAGGCAACAAAAACAACUCGCCAUGGAGGCCGUGGAAGCUGGCGCCGAGAAUCCAGAACACAAGCGAAACCGGGUCACAGCGAGGCAGUUCGCCGACGUAUACGAACUUUAUCAGAAACAGGAAAAAGCGGAACUGAGAUACGACCAGACGCCGGGUAGCGAAAUCAGCGGGCUCGGUCACAUGACCGACGGCGGGGCGAGUGGUACUUUUAGCUACACCCCGGCUGGCUUUCUCAGUAGCAGCUCUGGCGGCCAAGCGCAACGCAGUGCUCCCUACGGCUCGAGCUUCGGUGCUGGUGGCGCCGCCUCGUCCAGCCGACAUGCCGCUCGCGGCCAAGGACUGCCUUCUGGAAGCCGCUCUCAUGGCGCACAAGGAGAUUCCGACUUCAGCUACACCCCGUCUCCCGGCUUCGAGGUAACCCCUGGCACCUUCAGCGAAGGUGGAACCCCGGGAGCAGGUACAGCGCACAUUACAUUUGUUUUGCUUGAUGCGCGAUGCAUGGGGGUUUCUUUUGCCUUAUCUUUCGAUUAGCAUCAACUUCAUCGAUAAUUGUACUUGCAAGCUAUAACACUGCUUUCCUGAUUGUUACUGGUACUACGGUGAAGGAAAGUUUUCAUUGUCCUUACACUUGAAUUCACAGACGCCACUGCAGGGAUGAGUGUCGGAGGUACUCCAGGGAAUGCGUCCCAGCAAGUGUAUGCGAAUCAAGGGAAUACGCCUGAUCAGGAUCAGCCGAUAAAGUACUUCGGGGUAUCUCUUGAUGAUGUUGCGGAGUUGGCAAAGCAGCAGAAGCGAUAGUGGUAUGAACUACGGAGAAACCGGCGGACCACCGCGGUUGAACUGGCUUGUGCGGCUAUGGAGGUCUUACUUAAUUUUUUCAAGAAAAACUGAGAAAACAAUUGUGAUGACGCAAGGAGAGACGAUGAAAUCACCUUCGUUACGGUAUCACGCCCGUCAAUUAUCGUAAAACUAUCAAAUACUUACUAGUAAACUAAUUCGCAUCGAUGACAUGCGAAAAAUUGAUGACUCUUUCUGAUUUACAAGAAUCUGCAGCUGCAGUCGCGCCAAGUAGUCGUGGCAGGUCUCCAGAAAGCAAACUGUUAUGUCACAAUUCGACUUCGGAUUUCGUAUUUGUAAACGUCCCGAGAGCUGCUCCUCGUUCGGACACCCGUUGUAUACGCACAUUUGUACAGGGCUGACGCUGAGGUCCCUCUUUAUUCACAUUCACCUUAAUGUCUUCAGGGCAAAUAUAUAAAAUCAAAAAAAGAGUGAACAUGGGAAAUAAAAAAGACUUUAGGUUAAGGAUCAAGAAGAAAAUCCCCUGGGCAGUCGUAUCAUCUAGUUUUAUUCAUAUCGUACACAGAAAAAUAAAAUGUGUAUAGACGCUUGACCCCGCAUUUGCGUUCGCACAGCAGCAACGUUUUUCGGGUUAACCUGUCACAUUGUAUCACACGCACAACUGUAGUUUGAAAACUCGAUCUCAGUUGAAAAACUUGUGGAGCGAGAACGAAAACAUGUAUAAUACGAAAAAUAAUGCAUGAGCUCGUUUUUUACUAUUAAUUUUUUCAAUUCGUACCUCAUCCUAGUUCUUCUUCUUGCCUCUAACGACGACAAGCCCCUGCGAUCGCAAUAAACGAACACACAUGAUAUUACUCGCACUCGACGAGAAGUGCCUAGGUCCGUCGUCGAGGGCCGCCAAUACAUCUUGCAUUCUGUGCAAAAAGAAGUAAACGAGACUUACUAACGCAGUGUGCUGUAGAAGAUGCAAAGAAGCGGAAGGCGAAGGCUACACUGACUGCGCAGCUUUUCUAUGGAAUAGUUAUCUUUGCGAAGUUAACUAUUGCAACAACAGUGUGAGCGUUGAAGUUGGUUGAUCAUAGUCAUCAGCGCAGCGUGUUCGGCUCUUGAUAUCUUCCACCGUGGUAUGUUGACCUU